GUGUGAUGGUCCUGUGAAACGGAAAGACCUGGAUGUUGUUGGCCUGUGGUCAGCAGUUAAACUGCUCAAAUUCCUUGGUGGCCUCGGAGACCUGGCCUUGGUACCCGACCCAGUGACCCUGGGCUUGUCGCAGCCGCCCUCCGGAGGCCGAGGAGUGGCGGGAGGUCCCCUUGGAGCCCCUUCUGCCACCUUCAGUUCUCCAAAGUCCCUCUGCUCCCAAGCACAGGGAUCGUCCCACCUCCUGGAGCCGCCAGACCCCAUCCUGCGUUGCUCCCGCUCCAGGAAGCGCCUCUUACAUGGCAAUGUCCUCUGCCCAGCACGUGGAGGCCGCGGGCACCACACGGGUGCCCGGGGCCGCAGAGGCUCCGCUCAGUGCCGCGUCGCUGCCCGCAGGUUCACCGUGCUCUUCUCGCACGGCAACGCCGUGGACCUGGGCCAGAUGAGCAGCUUCUACAUCGGGCUGGGCACGCGCAUCAACUGCAACAUCUUCUCCUACGACUACUCGGGCUACGGCGUGAGCACGGGCAAGCCCUCGGAGAAGAACCUCUACUCGGACAUCGACGCCGCGUGGCAGGCGCUGCGCACGCGGUACGGGAUCAGCCCGGAGAACAUCAUUUUGUACGGACAGAGCAUCGGCACCGUGCCCACGGUGGACCUGGCCUCCCGCUACGAGUGCGCGGCCAUCGUGCUCCACUCCCCGCUCACCUCUGGCAUGAGAGUCGCCUUCCCCGAGACCAAGAAGACCUACUGCUUCGAUGCCUUCCCCAACAUCGAGAAGAUCUCCAAAAUCACCUCGCCCGUCCUCAUCAUCCACGGCACGGAGGACGAAGUCAUCGACUUCUCGCACGGCCUCGCGCUCUUCGAGCGGCGCCGGGAGCCGCUCUGGGUGGACGGGGCCGGGCACAAUGACAUUGAACUCUACAGCCAGUACCUCGAGCGCCUUCGGAAGUUCAUCUCCCAGGAGCUGGCCAGCCAGCGCACCUGAGCCCGGCGCGGGCGGGCUGGGAUGGGGUGGGAAGGGGGUUUCCUGGGCCUUUCUGUCCCCUUCCUUCCCCCCCGCACACACUCCCUGCUGCCGGAGG